AUGGCUCAACACAUCACAAGGGUACCAUAUAUAAACAUUCGGAUGCAGAGCCCUGCAGCUCCACCUGCUUUAUGCUUAGAACUUCAUGGAGAUGAUUUCCUUCACAGGAGCGGAGCACUCAUUGUUCACCAUCUGCAGAAGGACUACCGGGCUUACUGGGAUUUUCUAAGCUUUAUGUCCAAUAUUGGAGACCCCGGAAAUACCUUUUCUAUUUACUUCCUACUUUGGUUCCAGUUGAAUCAGACUGUUGGAGCCAUGGUGAUAUGGGUAGCAGUCAUAGGGGACUGGUUCGAUCUUAUAUUUAAAUGGACAUUGUUUGGCCAUUGUCCUUACUGGUAGAUCCAAGAAACUGAGUUUUACCCAUAUCAUUCAAGCCCAUGUCUGGAACAGUUUCCUACUACAUGCGAAACAGGCCCCGGAAGUCCAUCUGGUCACGCAAUGGGUUCAUCACGCGUCUGGUAUGUCAUGGUAACAGCUGUCUUAAGCGACACUAUCAGCCGGAUGGAUGUGUCCUCUGUCACUGCUCACAGACUGACCUGGUCCUUUCUUUGGAGUGUUUUCUCGUUGAUUCAAAUCAGCGUCUGCAUCUCCAGAGUAUUCAUAGCCACGCAUUUUCCCCAUCAGGUCAUUCUUGGAGUGAUUGGUGGGAUGCUAAUAACAGAGGCCUUUGUACACCCUCCAGGAAUCCGCAUGGCCAGCUUGAGUGUGCUGAAGACCAACACCUUCCUCUUCCUGUUUGCACUUGGCUUCUACCUGCUUCUCAGACUGCUCGGUAUUGACCUGCUGUGCUCUGUUUCCAUCGCCAAAGCGUGGUGUGCCAACCCAGACUGGAUCCACAUUGACAGCACGCCAUUUGCUGGACUUGUGAGAAACCUUGGGGUCCUCUUUGGCUUGGGUUUUGCCAUCAACUCAGAAAUGUUCCUUCUGAGCUGCCAGGGAGAAAAUGGCUCCAGGCUGAGCUUCCGCUUGCUCUGUGCUCUGACCUCACUGACCACAGUGCAGCUUUAUCGCUUCAGCAAGAUCCCAACUCACAGGGAACCUUUAUUUUACCCGUUGUCUUCCUGUAAAAGUGCAUCCAUCCCACUGACCGUGGUGACUCUAAUUCCCUAUUGUGUACAUGUAUUAAUGAGACUCGGUGAGAAGAAGAUUAAAUAGAGUUGCAGUGUCCUGUGGUCCCAGGAUCACCUACUUCCUGCAUUUCUCAAUAGAGCCACAGCAGAGAGACUGGGAGCAUCUCUACAGAGGUGACACCACGAUGGCCAAAGGGCCUGCUCCACCCACAGACCUGUUUAGUUUGCUUCCCAAGUGGCAUUUAAAAAUAACAGUAUUUAACCAGAAAUAUCCACACCCAUGUUUUCUUGACAAACCUGACAAUAUGGCUACAUAAAGAUGGUAUAGUCCAUGGAAAGACAGUUGACAGGGGCUGGAUG